CAUGGCUGUAAAUCCUAUACAGUCAGGCUCUGUCAUCUUGAUCAGAUUACAUGAGCACACAAUCACACGCACACAAAAAGAAAUCCACUAAAUCAAGUGUGGCGACGGAUUGAAUUUCUCGAGCUGACCUGCUGAAUUGGGUCCAGAAAUGUCAUAAUGAGGCAAAACAAAGCAGAGAGAGGAGGGAGGCAGUGCCAGCAGGAUCAAACUUCCCUCCCAUCAGCAUGCAGCGUGCUAUGUGAAUGUACAUAUGUGUGAGUGUGUGUGUGUAUCCUUCUGCUAACGCGCUCUGAGAAAGACCUCCCCAGCCCACACGGGUUUAGUGUUUUGGAGACUAACCUGUGGGUCGAUGCACAGCUCUGUAAAGCAUGAAAACUGGGAUCCAGCAGCAAACAGGACGAGAGAGAGGAAAGUGCACGACAAACGAGCUGAACCCUCAGGACUGUCAGUAGGUCAGUAGGGAACCAUGUGCAGCUCCCUGAGCCCCAAACAGUGCAGCGGGCCCGGCCUCACAGACAUGCAGCAGUAUCACCAGUGGCUGACCAGCAGACAUGAAGCCAGCCUGCUGCCCAUGAAGGAAGACCUCGCCCUGUGGCUCAACAAUAUUCUCAAUCUGGAAAUCACCGCAGAGAGCUUCAUGGAUCGCUUGGACAACGGCUUCCUGUUGUGCCAGCUGGCUGAGACACUGCAGGAGAAGUUCAGACAGAGUAACGGAGCCUUGCUUUCACGUGGAAACAGCAAGCAGAAUAUUCCCCAUCAGAGGAUACCAUGUCGCCAGAGCGCUCCCUCCGGCUCCUUUUUUGCUCGGGACAACACAGCCAACUUCCUGUCCUGGUGUCGUAAGGUUGGAGUUGGGGAGACAUGUCUCUUUGAGUCAGAGGAUUUAGUUCUUCAUAAGCAGCCACGAGAAGUGUGUCUCUGUCUGUUGGAGUUGGGAAGGAUAGCUACAAGGUACAAUGUGGAGCCUCCUGGACUUAUAAAACUGGAGAAAGAGAUUGAACAAGAGGAAAAAGGUCCUCCACCACCCCCAUCACCUGUAUCCCCAGUUCAGCCGCUCUCGCCGUCCCCCUCCUCAUCUCCUUCUCCGUCUCCGACUCCGACCAAAGUCAGCUGUAGCAAAAAAAGUACAGGGAAGCUGCUGGAUGAUGCUGUAAGACACAUUGCUGAAGACCCCCCGUGCAGAUGUCCAAAUAAAUUCUGUGUGGAGAGACAUUCACAGGGUCGAUACCGUGUUGGAGAGAAGAUGCUUUUUAUUCGGAUGCUGCACAACAAGCAUGUGAUGGUGCGUGUAGGUGGAGGCUGGGAGACCUUUGAGAGCUACCUGCUGAAACACGACCCGUGCCGCAUGCUCCAAAUCUCCCGAGUGGAGGGCAAGACUUGCCCUGUGAGCAGCAGCAAGUCCCCCAAUAUUAAAGACCUCACCCCUGACAGCUACCUGGUGGUGGCAGCACACUACCGCAGCAAAAAGUGAAGACAAGAGACUGCACGGUGCCAGUGAUAAAAGGACACAGAGGAGGACUUCUUGCCAUUGUUUACUACCAAAUGGAUGUGGCUACAAAACAAAACCCUGUGGUUAAACAUAUCAUAUUAUAGCUACAGGUGCAAGAGCGAUUAUGAAAGGCAGAGAAAGAGUUAAUUCUGUCAUUCUGUGUUUGAGUGCAGAAUCACACUAGUAUGCCCAUAAGUUGUAUUUUAUGAAGUUUUAUACAUCUGUAAACAGCUUUGAAAUAUGCCUACUGUAUAAUGUGUUAAGUGGGUAAAAGAUGUACAGUAAAGCUGUACAUUUUCUUGACUUUUUUUCAGUCACUACUUGUAUUUUAAGCAAUAUAUCACUUUUAGUAGGUCCUCUCCUUGAUUUAUUCCAAAUACUCCAUUGAAGUUGUCGAUCGGGCCGGCAUUAACAGAUCGUAUCGGACAUAUUAGAAAAUGAACUUUUCUGGAACUUAUCGGAGUAGGUUUUCUUUGGUAAAUGUGUGUCAAGCUCGUUGACAUUUUUGGCUAAGGCGUUGUCUUGCCCCAUUGUUUUUAUUUUCCUGUUUGGUCUCACAUUGGUAAACUUCGUAUCUUUACAGUGUAAUGUUGUAUGG